GGUACGUCGGAACAACCCGAGGCCGAAUGCGGAGGAGACUCAAGUCCACUCUUGCACUGAGGUCGUUGAUAUCUGGACUCAUCGCGAAUGUGUUUCUCCUGCUCAAGAACUAGAUAUCGACUAUACUAAGGACGAAAUGCAAGAUUACUCAGAAGAAACUUGAAGAUGACGGUGGUGGCGAAGACACUCGUAGAUGGUUUCAAGGAGCAUUGAAGGGUGUUGAUUGAUUCAAGGCUUCAUGGAUACAUGCCGUUAAGUGCACUCGCAUUGUCGUCAACACAUCAUGUACCAAGGCCAUCGAGAUUCGACAAAGAAAUCCCUGGUGUAAAUUUCAAGAUUAAGAGGUAUCAGAUGGUGGCUAUCGGCUCCGCAGUUGGAGUCUUCUCGUUGGUAUCGAAUGCGCAGCAGUCAUCUCUGUUCAUAUGGCUGAAAAGAAGUACGGCGACUGUUGCCCCUUCCAAUACAACUCAUGGUCAUCUCAAGAAAGUCCAAAAGGGGGAUAGUGCUUACAUCGCUUUUAGGCUCACGGCCCAAUAUGACUUGAAGGUCAUUGAAUUGGAAACCAACCCUGACAAUUCCAACGAAGGAUCUUCGCCAGCGGAGUCAACUCCACUUACGAACUCUACAUUAUCCUCACCGGUAUUCUUCGGAAGUGACACCAUUCGGACAUAUGCAUGCCUCAUCCUGUCACCGCCGGAGAUCUACUAUCUGGUUUCCUCCUGCCUUUAUCAGUCCGAGCGACUAAGUUUUGCAUUGCUGUCACGUCGUGAGGCACCAUUCCGUCCGUCUUCUCAAGUAUCUCGCCUCCUUCCACACCGAGUGAUGUCGGAAAUUCGUCGCACAUGUGGUGUCCUUGCUCUUAGCGCCUACAAAGUAGCCGCUGGCAAUGCUUCCAGCUGAGCAGGGGGAUCCAAGUACCUCCGUUGUCAGUCAGGUCAAAGAAGAUAACGAUUCGAGGUGGCGUCGUCUAUCGAUAUAACUGGUCAUGGUCACAAUAGUUACCUCA